GAGAGAGAGAGAGAGAGAGAGAGAGAGAGAGAGAGAGAGAGAGAGAGAGAGAGAGAGAGAGAGAGAGAGAGAGAGAGAGAGAGAGAGAGAGAGAGAGAGAGAGAGAGAGAGAGAGAGAGAGAGAGAGAGAGACAGACAGAGAGAGAGAAAAAAAGACAAGGAGAAGAAGGAGAGUAGGACCACUCUGGUGCUAUCUCCCAUCGCGAUAACAAAAAGGUGCUGGCGCGUAAAGCUACCUGGAAGGCUAUUGAGAAGAUGUGCACUGUUUGACACAGGAUCCAGAACGAUGUUGACCUUACCGUUUGAUGAGCCAGCAAUGAGGCCAGGGACCGGGACCCAGUUUGGGGCCAACUUCCCUCUAGACUGCGUGCGCGAGAUCAAGGUCAGUAAACAAGAACCUUUCCUAAAAGCAGCCGAUACCAUCUCCCAGACCCACAUCAAAACCACGGAGGAUGAGUUAGAGUCGGAGAGGGAUGAGGACGAGAGAGAGGAGCUAGGCCAAGAAGACGAGGACGUGGACGGUUUACCAGGAAGGAGGAGAGGCCCACGUAAAAAGAAGAUGACCAAGGGGCGCGUGGACAGGGUGAAAAUUCGGCGCCAGGAGGCCAACGCGCGCGAGCGGAGCAGGAUGCACGGGCUGAACGACGCGCUGGACUGCCUGCGCAAAGUCGUGCCCUGCUACUCCAAGACGCAGAAGCUGUCCAAGAUUGAGACUCUCCGACUGGCAAAGAACUACAUCUGGGCGCUGUCGGAGAUCCUCAGCACCGGCAAGAGACCCGACCUAUUGGCAUUUGUCCAGGCGCUCUGCAAGGGACUGUCUCAGCCAACCACCAACUUAGUGGCGGGCUGUCUCCAGCUCAAUGCCAGAAAUGUCAUCACGGACCACAACGGAGAGACAUCUUUCACUGGUAGGUCCCCAUUCGACGCUAUGUACCCUGCGCCUUAUCACAGUUCCACCGAGCCUGUAGCGUCUUCAGGCCACGGCAGCAGCACCAUGGACAGCGCCAAACCUUUCAGACCAUUUAGCUCCUACUGCAGUGCCUACGAGUCCUUCUACGAGAGCACGUCCCCAGAAUGUUCGAGCCCUCAUUUCGACAGUGGUGCUCUGAGCCCUCCAAUCAACUUUAACGGGAUAUUCUCCCUAAAGCACGAGGAGCCAGCGGACUAUGGAAAGAGCUGUCAUUACGGUAUGCGGUACUGCGCGGCGGUGGCGGGUCGCAACUCCCUCGGUCAGAACUCAAUGUCACGGGGGUCCUCUGACAUCCGGGAUAUCCAUGUCCCCUAUGACAUCCACCUCCGCAGCCAGUUCUACCCAAUGCAGGAGGAACUAAACACGCCCUUUCAUAAUUGAUAAGAGAAAAGUCAAAUGUGACCAGCUUAUAGUGGAGUAGCCUAAUUAGGCUCAAAUACAGAACCCACACAUGUAUUAUUGACAACUUGGCCCAUUUUGGGCACUUCCCACUGGGCAAACACUGGUUGAAUCAACGUUGUUUCCAUGUCAUUUCAACGAAAUUACGUUGAACCAACGUGGAUUAGAAGUUGAAUUGACGUCUGUGCCCAGAGGGUUGGUUGUGGUGUGGGCCAUCUGAUGUAUAGUCACUUAUUCAUUGUAAUUGAAUGUUAAUUGUCCUGAGGGUAAAUACGUUUUGUAGUGGGAUCAUUUUAGGGAAAACACACCAUGCAGGCAACGGAAACAAACAGAGGUCUGGGAGAUUGUCAAAUAGCGUUCAGUUAAUAGGCCCACUACAUCUUCUGUAGGAGUCAAGAAGUAGGAUAAGUGACACACAUGGAUAGGCUAUGUUUAUUCACAAAUUGUUAUGCAAGAACAUUUUUUUUGGAAAUAAUUUGUUGAUGCCCUUACACAUUAAAGUAGUAUACCAAACUAUACUUAUGCUGAAUAUGCUCUAUUCCUAAUUGUAUUAAUCCAAAGGGUAAUGUGACAUGGUGGAGUUCGGCCUAGUGAUGCAACGUCUUAAAUAAGACAGCAAUAAAAGGCGAAGGGAACUACAGUAUGCAAUAAAGAACUCCAUGCAGUCUGAGACAACUCUAUUAUGACCCACUAAACGUGCAGGUCAGUAGGGCACCAGUCAACUGGAACAAAUGAGCUAUUAGAAGACGCUUCAGACAAUUCCUAUACGUUUUCAUUGCCUCAAGUGUUGCAUAAAUUGUUCCAAGCCAGGCUUGUAUUUAUUUGUAAGUUAUUUAAUCUGGAUUUAUUUAUCUAGAUAUCAUUUGUCUAUGGAUGGUAGACAUAUGUAAAUAAAUGUUCACAUAUUGUGUGUUUUCUACAGUGUCAAACGUUGUGUUAAUUAUCAAGUGAAAUAUGAAUCGAAGAAUGUACAGUUAUCCUAUUUAUAAAAUAUGAAAUACACGUGUCACUGAAUAGAUGUUUGAAAGGGGGAACAUAACCCUUUGUAUAUAUAUAACAUGUUUAAAAUUCAUCUGAAAAUGACAUUGGAAUGAAUCUCGUUAUUCAGGUUAUAGCCUAUCUCGUUGUUCAAGUUAUAGCCUAUGCCUUGUGACAAAUUAAUCAAUGUAGGCCUACACACAUUUCUGAUAUUGGAACUGAACACGCUAUCUUUCUUAUUUCUUGCAACAAAUCAAUGCACAUUUUUGUAUAUAGUGGGCACAUUCGAUUUGUUACGGAGGACUAUUGUUUACAUGUUAAUAUUUUGUCUAUUCAUAUGCAACUAUGGAGAGAAUUUUAGUCUACUUUAUUUCCUAAAUUCUCAUCUUAAAAAUAUUGGCCUAUUGGCAUAAAGCUUAUUUUAGCUCUUUAGAAAUUGAAUACUUUUAUAACAAUAAUGUUAGGCAAGUUAUUAACAUCUCUUUAUGGAAAAUUCUCACGUAAUAAUUUCGUUUAUAUGAACAGGCUGCCUUAAUUUGAAAUGUAUAUUUGGCACACACCAAUUAUGUAAUUAUUGUAUUAUUCAAUGAAGUGUUCGUGGGGGUAUAGUGCGCUUCUGUUUUUUUCACCUUCUUUCAAAUUUGUAUCUGGUAAUGGGAUUGUUUUAUAAACAACAUAACGUUGAAUAAAAUGGAAUUAAAGAGCCUC